CACUAGAGCAGACCCACCCCCAAAGCGGCAGAGCGUCAACACAUACUAAGAAAGAAUGUAUGCGCGUGAAGCUGAUGGUCAAUGCAAGAGUGUGUUCUAACCCAUGCUAGGCUCUGAAUUGGCUAGGUAGAAACGAAGAGAAGAAUUGAAGCUAGCUUGGGUAGCGGUUGCACGAGCGCCAUAUACUGUUGAGCUUGAGCCAUCAGCAUGGCGACCUCGCCGCUGCCACGGUGGGCGCCGACGCCCAGCCCGUCGCGGCCUCUGUGGGGUCCUUCGUCCGCCGCCGCCGCCAGCGGCAGCAGCAGCCGCUUGCUGUCCCCGUUCCGUGCCAUGCUCGAAGCCUUAUUACGUCGGCGUUCCGCUCCUACGGGGGAGGCGCCGCCGCCGGCGCCACCGGCCGUGGACGCUGAAGCGGCCGGGGCUGGUGUCGGCGGUGGAAUUCAUGCUGGGUUUGAUGGCAUUAUUACUGAUCGUCAUCCCGAGGACGACGGCUGGCGGGAGGACAUCCGCCGUCGCGACGGCGGCGGCGUGUUCAUAACGUGGGAGGACGUGUGGGUGACGGCGGUCGACGGCAGGGGGAGGACCGCCGCCAUCCUGCAGGGCGUCAGCGGCAGCGCGCGCCCCGGCGAGGUGCUGGCCAUCAUGGGCCCCUCUGGCUGCGGCAAGACUACACUGCUCGACACCUUGGCCGGGAGACUACACACGAACCUGAGGAGUAAAGGUGAUAUUCUCAUCAAUGGCCGGCGACAGAAGCUCGCCUUCGGAACCUCAGCUUAUGUGACGCAAGAGAACGUGCUGAUGGCCACCCUCACGGUGCGCGAGGCUAUCUACUACUCGGCGCAGAUCCAGCUGCCGGACACCAUGCCGGUCGCCGAGAAGCUCGCCCGCGCCGGCGACACGAUCCAGGAGAUGGGGCUCACCGGCGCACUGGACACGCGCAUCGGCGGGCGCGAGGCCAAGGGCAUCAGUGGCGGGCAGAGGAAGCGCCUCAGCAUCUGCCUCGAGAUCCUCACGCGGCCGCGGCUGCUCUUCCUGGACGAGCCCACCAGCGGGGUCGACAGCGCCGCCUCGUACCAUGUGAUGAGCCGCAUCGCCGGCCUCGCCGCCACGGAGGGGAUGACCAUCGUCGCCGUCGUGCACCAGCCCUGCAGCGAGGUGUUCGAGCUCUUCCAUGGCCUCUGCUUGCUCGCCGCCGGCCAGACUAUCUACUUUGGCCCGGCCGCCAACGCCGCUGAGUUCUUCACAUCAAACGGCUACCCUUGCCCACCAAUGAGAAAUCCUUCAGAUCAUUUCUUGAGGACAAUCAACAGAGACUUUGAAUUGGAAAGUGAAGAAACAAGAACAGUAUACAAGCCAUCUGCAGCAGAUGAAGCAAUAGAAACUUUGGUAAAUGCCUACAAAUCCUCCAAUACUUCAGAAAAUGCCAAAAAGGAAAUGCAUGACAUAAAUGAAAUGGGCGGAGUGAUGCUCAGAAGAAACCAAGCCACUUUCCUUACCAAGGUGCUUGUACUCACUAGAAGAUCGUUUGUGAACAUGUACCGGGACGUUGGAUAUUACUGGUUGCGACUUGGCAUCUAUAUUUCCAUAAGUUUAUGCCUUGGUACCAUAUUUUACAAUUUUGGCUAUGGAUACGAUUCUAUUCGUUCUAGAUCAUCAAUGCUAAUGUUCACCGGUGGCCUUCUGACCUUGAUGGCAAUUGGAGGAUUCCCUUCAUUUGUGGAGGAAAUGAAGGUAGUAGUAUCACAGUUUAUUUUUGACUAUUUUUUAGAUGAUUGUUCUAAUUUUAAGAAAGAAGACAACAGGGAAAUAAUUAUGAGAUUAAGUUCAGUUACGCGAAAACAUCAAAGGCUGAUGCAGCAAAUACAAACUUAUUAACUCAGCUUGAUCAGAUAUAUAUGAUAUUUAAAAUUAGAUUGAAAUGCAUGGCUGGUCCUUCAAUUUAGCUCUUAGUGUCAUCUAGAUCGCUAAACUUCAAAAAUGCACAUUCAGAUCAAUAAAAUUACUAAUUAUUUAUGCUGAUGUAGAACUUACAUGUGGGCCCAAUUUUUUUAAAUUUUUGUGCUCAACUCUUAUAGUUUCAAAAAAAUUUCCAAAAUUUGUUGCAAAAUUUUAUGUCCAAAUAAUUUUUCAAAUAUUUUCUCCAAAAUUUAAUCUUUUUUAUUUUCUAAGUUUCGUUACAAAUUUUGUCAUAUGACUUUUAUUUUCUUGCAAAAAUUUUAUACAGAUCUUUUUUAUUUCAACAUUUUGUACAUGUAAAUUUUGUUAUAAUUUUUUGCAUGUAUAUAAUUUUAUAUUUAAACAAAUUAUAUAACUUUCAAUUUAGCUUAAGUAAAUGUGAUUUGGGCCUCACGUGAUACUAUUAGGAAGUUUAAGUAUUUAAAAUUUGUACUUCAAAAGUUUGGAGACAUGGAUGACACCCCAAAACAAGUUUAAGGUCAGAUGGUGUACUUUACUUAAAAUUAAGUCAACUAUGGUGAGCCAAUGGAGUGAUAUGUAGAAUUAAUAAAAGUUCUCAGACUUCAGAUACUUAUCGGCAUGCUCAUGACUAUGAAGUUAUUGAAUGACGAUUACUUGCAUCAAAAAAGUAGAUUUAUCACUUUUUUGCCACCUAUCUACCUUUAGUUUUUUAUUAAUGCUCAUAACCUUUGCCAAUGUAGUUUUCAAUGAAUUUAACUGCCUCAAAGUAUAUAUAUACAUGAAACACUUAUAUAAAAAAAUAAGCAUAGUUGAAAUUAUUGCUCAUUUGCCUGCAGAACAAAGUAUAUGUUCACAACAGUUAUCUUUACGGGGUGGAAAAGACUAAACAUAGUUUCCCAAAACCAACAAAGAAAUUACUCAUUUUUUCUUUACGGGGUGGAAAAGACUAUAUAUU